ACAAUAACAUUAUUUCGUUUUCCUUCUGUGAUACACUAAUGUGAAAUGUCCAAUUACUAAUAAUUUAUUACUAUUAGGUAGGUGAUAUUGUAAAUUUGUAAUUAUUUAUAUUAUUUAUUAUUUUAGUAUCUUACAUUCUUGCUUAGUCCAUCGACAUUUGAUACGGGAUACCAUUAAAAAUACAAAUAAACUAAAUGUUUACAAUAUUAUUGAUUAAAAUCUUGGCUUUUUCUACCUUUUGACGCCUACAAUAAUUGCGAAUUUUAUAUUUUUUUAUUGUAAACGACAUUUUGUGACUUGUUGAUUCAAAUUAUAAUAGUAAUUGACCUAAUGCAAAUUAUUUAGGAUUUCAUCAAUGAUAUUCAACAAGUACUCUUUGAUACCUAAACAUUCUGGAAUUAAUUGAAAUUGGACUUCAAGGAUAACUGAAAAGUUUCCGUUGGUAAAUUCAAGUAUAUUGUUAAUUUGUUUUUACGAUGUCGUAUGCAAAUGCUCUAUCAAAAAAUUCAACAAAACCAUCCAUAGAGUUUAAAAAGUUACCAGAUGAGAAAAUAUUGUUUGUUAUAGAUACUUAUGCAUUAUCUAAAUUUGACAUUGAUUUUAGUCCUACUAAUAUAGAUCCAAUGUCUAGUGUGGCUAUAAUUCGAAGGGCUUACAGAUUUUUUGCAUUGCAAAAGAAUCGAUUCCAAAACAACUCUUUUGGUAUUUGUUUGUUGACUCCAUACUCGUUUAAUCUGAUUUUGGAUUUUACAACAAAUAUUAAUAUUGUAGUUGAAAAAUUAUCAUCUGUAUUGGUUCAAAAUGAUAAACCUGAAGAAGCUGCUGCAUAUGAUUUCGGCCCUUUAUUGAAAUAUAUUGGAAAAUUAAGGAAUCUUCACAAAGAUUGUAUUUUUAGAGUUAUCAUGGCCUAUAAUAGAGAUGACUGUUUACCAAUUAUUGAACCAUUAGAUAAAAAAACUUUUAAUAUUUUCUGUUCACCAACAUUUUAUUUUGAUACCAUAUAUGUAUGUGAAAAUGAUAUUGAAAAAGAUGAGAUGGCUCAAACUAUUUAUGGUAAAUUGGCUCUACUGUGUAGUACUUGGUCUUACAAAGUAUGUGUUCAGCGUAAGCCAAUAGCUAUUAUAAAUGGAAUUAUUUCACUGUUGCCUCAUCCCUAUACAAGAGAACUUACCACAAAAUGAAAAUUGUUUUAUUGUUAAAUAUAUUUACAAUUUUAACAUA